UUUGUCUCCUCCAACCCUCUUAGCUAUAAAUACUCAUCAAAUCACAUAUCAUCUCUUAUAUUUUUUAACAAAGUUUAUCACCUUGUUUGUGCUUUCUCACUACCCCAAUUUACUUUUUCAUUGAUUUUGUUUGAGAAGAAAGAAAAUGUUGGCAAUUUUCAAGAAAAGUGUGGUUGAUCCACCAAAGGAGCUGCAGAGCCCAGCCUCUUUGCAAUCAUCAAACAAGGCUGUUUCCCCUGAAGAGACUAUGAAGGAUUUCUUAGCUUCAAAUUCCAACAAUGGGUUUUCCAUUGGAUUCAUGGACAAGGCAUUCUUGGCCUAUUCCAAACCUCCAUCCUCAUCAAAUGCUCAACAAAGGUUGUUCUGUGGGUUGAAUGGCAUAUACUGCAUUUUCUUGGGAAGCUUGAACAACUUAUGGGCACUAAACAAGCAGUAUGGUCUGUCAAAGGGUACCAAUGAGGCCAUGCUUGUGAGUGAAGCAUAUCGCACCCUCCGUGACAGAGGCCCAUUCCCAGCUCAUGAGGUCCUCAAGGGACUUGAGGGUAGCUUUGGCUUUGUGAUCUAUGAUCAUAAGGCUGGUAAUGUCUUUGUUGCCCUUGGUGCCGAUGAAACUGCAAAGAUGUUCUGGGGAAUAGCAUCUGAUGGAUCUGUCAUGAUCUCUGAUAGUGUGGAUCAUAUCAAAGGAAGCUGUCUCAAAUCAUUUGCUCCCUUCCCAAGUGGGUGCAUGUACCACAGUGAAAGUGGAUUGAAGAGCUUUGAGCAUCCAAGUUACAAGAUGAAAGCAAUGCCAAGAGUGGAUAGUGAAGGAGCCAUGUGUGGAGCUUGCUUCAAAGUUGAUGUCUACUCCAAGGUGAAUAGCAUGCCAAGAGUUGGAAGUUCUGCCAACUGGGCUAAUUGGGGCCAGCAGGCUUAGGUUCAUUUGGACCUCAUUUUAACUAACUACAAUAUAAAGAAGAAAAGAAAAAAGUACUUUAUCUUUGUCUUCAUUCCUGUUUCCCUGUUGUAUUUCAAUAAGCCUCCUGCAUCUUCCAUAAGGGCCUCAGCUUUGUAAAUUUCACAUGAGGUUCCAACAUGAGAAGAUUGUUGAGUUUCCCUUUUUGUUUGUUUGUUUAGUUCCUAAGUGUUGAAAAAGUAACGAGCAAUUAGAACAAUCUAUAUAAGUUAUUUGUAAUGACAAUCAAGAUGCAAUGACCAUGUAGCUGUUUUCUUCACAAAAUUUGUGCUAAACCCCUUUAAGUUUCUGUAAAUAUUGAGCCCCAUCCCUCAAAUAAUUUAUUUCAACCACUAUGAAAUUAUCCAGAGAUAGAUGGUUGGCUACUCACUAACAUGAGUGAACAAUUUGAAUUUGAAGCUUACAAAGGAGGAUGCACAGAAAGCUGAACAGGUCAUCUCAUCUAUGUCACCAGAUGAGUUGGAAAGAAUGGUGAGAUGGGCAGCAAGGAUUCAAACAGGAAUACAAGUCCUCAAGAUUACCAAAGAUUUUGUCAUGGCAAAUCCUGGCAUGAGCUUGGCACUUUUUGUGCCCAUUUUAGCUGUCUUCCUUCACCUGUUUGGCUACAUCUGAGCUUUUUCUGUUCUUUUAUAUUUUCUUGGCAUGUUAGGAAAAUUCAUUCAUUUUUUCUUAUCAGUUAAUAAAACUCUAUACAAAACAGCACUAAAUAGUGCUGGAUAUAUACAA